CUUCGUUCGCAAAUGGGAAAAUAUGCGUCCACGUUGAAAGAAUACGAUAAUAAAGAGGAACGGUGAUUUAUCCGGCGGGUAAAGUGACAUUGCUUGGUUCGCUUCGUCGUUUGCACGCAUCUCGAUUGGUCAUCAAAAGCGUCGAAACAAUGUUUCUGUCCGUUGGAAAGCUCGUCCACUACGGAGUGUUGUUACUACUAUGGAUCCGAUCGAGUUAUCAACAGGAAGAGGAUAUACCUCACAACGAGGUGAAAAACUGGGCGUUAAAGUUUGGCGUAGAUCUAUGGGAGUUUGGCAAACAAGUCACAAAAAUGAGCGAAAUACAAAGGAAAUAUCACGACAUGGGGGCAGAGUUCGGAAGAAAAGAUGGUCUUGUCUUAGUUCGAGAAAUGGCGGCGGAGGUGAAAAAUAUGCUGGAUUUCAAAAUGAACGCCGUUAUGAGGUUAGUGGAAAGCGCUGAACAAGCGGCAGUAUCGGCACCUAGGGAUGGAAACGUGUCACCAAAGUAUUACGCUUCUCAACGAUUCGACGCCACCUUUACUGGAGAUGGAAGAACGUGGACCGGUCAAGAAUCCUUCCUAUCUUCUAAUCGUCAUUUCGAUCACUUAGCCGUGAACGCUACUCUAUCAACGGUUUUAUUACCUGCCGGGGUGAAAGAUGUCGAUGCAGAAGUAGCAGCUGCAAUCCAGUGGAGUGAAUAUCUGGAUCUAUUAUUCGUUAAUAAUUAUGAAAGCGAUCCUUCGUUAUCCUGGCAGUACUAUGGAGCAACAUCAGGAUUCCUACGUCGUUUCCCUGCUAUAUCUUGGCCACCGAUCAAUCACCGAGCUGGCGGUGCAUCAAAAAAUGUGAAUCGAGUCGUCCGAGACGUGUACGACUUCCGUAUUUCUCAGUGGUUCGUUGGAGCCGCGAACAGUCCCAAAGAUUUGGCUAUAUUAAUUGACGUGGACUGCUACGCUUCCGAAAGAAACAAACGUCUGACAGUAACCACCGUUAAAACCAUACUCGACACCUUGGGCCCUGAUGAUUAUGUCAACGUCUAUCGAUACGGGGAUACCGCUGAGGAGAUCGUGCAAUGCUUCAAGGAUAGCUUGGUGCAAGCGUCGCCGGAAAAUCUGCACGAGUUGAAAAUGGCGACCAGUUCGAUGAAACACGAGGAAACUCCGACAAAUAUAUCAGCAGCCCUCGCGACCGCUUUCGAGAUUCUUCACAGAUACAAUAGGACGGGCCAAGGGAGUCAAUGCAAUCAAGCUAUUAUGCUGAUCACCGCUGAUAACGCAGGCUUGCCUACAGAGGUCAUAAAACGGUACAACUGGCCACAUAUGCCUGUGCGCAUCUUCACGUAUCUCAUCGGUGGCGACAAGAGCGAGGAACUGAGAAGCACUGCUUGCGCCAACAAAGGAUUCUACGCGAGAAUCACUGAUCUGGAAGACAUCAAGAGCAAAGUUUUUGAGUAUGUUAAAGUACUUGCGCGACCUAUGGUACUUUACCAACAUGACCACCCUAUACAUUGGAGCCCGGUGUACGUUGGCGGAAAGAGUGGCAGAUAUGGCAAAGAAAACGUUGGACAGUUAAUGACCUCGGUUACAGCUCCCAUUUUAGAUCGUCGAAAUCAUACGGUGAAAACGGCUAACUUGUUGGGUAUCGUGGGUACAGAUGUGCCAAUUGAAGAAAUUCAGAAACUGGUCCCUCCUUACAAGUUGGGUGUGAACGGAUACUCCUUUAUCGUCGACAAUAACGGUCGUGUCUUGUACCAUCCGGAUCUACGACCACUGCCAGGAAACGUGGACUACGAAGAAACGUUAAAGCCUACGUACAUUAGCGUGGACUUGUCAGAAGUCGAACUGGCAGAAUAUGAUGGACCGUUGCACCCACUGAACAAUUCUCUUCUUCUGGAUCUAAGACACGACAUGAUCGAUCAGAAAGAGGGAGAGACCGAUUUUGCGAUUAAAAUUCACUACGAUGACAUGAGACGAGUUACCAUAAGACGGCACAAUUACUUUUAUAAGCCGAUAGAAGGAACACCGUUUUCAUUGGGAUUAGCAUUGCCCGAGGGUUACGGCAUGUUUGAACUGUUGGCCGAACAAGAAAUCAAACAUGCUAUAAUAAAUGUAACCGAAUAUUUUAAGGGAAAUAAUUGGAAGGUGCAUCCCGAUUGGGUAUACUGUGAAUAUAGUUCGGCUUCUGAGAAAUGGUUCUCCUCCCCCGAGGAACGCGUUCUCCAUUUUUUGGCACGAACGCGCAGACCGGGGUGGAAAUGGAUGUCCUUGAGACCAAGGAGUCCGAGCUCGCAUCAUAAACAAGCGAGCAAGCCUGACAAAGAUGCGUAUUACUGCGACAAAAGGUUAGUGCAGUCCCUUGUGUUAGAUGCCUUGGUUACCGACGGCUUCGAUAAAAGAGGUGCAGUGCAUAAAGAAGAUAAUCAAAGUCAAGGAAAGGGCAGAUUCGGCGUAACACGGAGUUUCAUCGCUACUAGAAGCGGCCUCUUUCGUUGGCAUGAGCAUCAACAGAGCGAAGAAACCAUGGAUAACCCACCCUUCGCCGAGAAGUACGCCAGAGCCAUGGAUUCAUCCUGGUACAAGCGCGCGGUGGAUCAACACUCAAUCGAACCAGAGAGUUUCGUUUUCAGCGUACCCUUCGACGCCGCCGAUAGUCCUAAUCCUUUGGUCACCGCCACUCACGCGGUUUUCAUCGGGAAAGGACACAAGGCACCCGCAGCGGUCGUAGGUCUACAGUUUCAGCAUUCCUCCCUGGCUUCCCACUUCGUUAAUAUUACCUCUACGGUAACGUAUGAUCAUCGUGCAUCGUUUGUGCUCCUUUUUCUUCUAUUCUCUUCUUCUCUUCUUUCCUCUUUUUCUAUAUCGUCGCUUACAAUUAGAAUAGACUACUCUGUCCAUCGAUUGGAACGAGCUUCAAAUUGGUGUUUACAGUGCAGUGGCACGAAUUGCAAGAAAAACUGUGCUUCCGAAGAAUUGGACUGUUAUAUCUUAGACAAUAAUGGAUUCAUUAUAAUCAGCGAACGCCACGAGCAUACCGGAAAGUUUUUCGGGGAAAUCGAUGGUACUAUCAUGGAUUCUCUCGUUCAGGAUAGAAUAUACAGAAAAGUAACCGUGACCGACUAUCAGGGCAGGUGUAGUCCCCAGGAGUCUCAUCAGUCCAAGGCAUCAAGAAUCUCGGAUUCUGUAGCAACCUCCAUUGCCAUAUUUGGGAAUUUUUUGUGGAACAUGGCUUUCACUUUUAAUUUCCAACAUUUGUGGCAAGAUGCAUUCGCGUUUGCUGACGAAUCUGUUCUCCCAUUGGAUGUUCACGUAAUUUCAGACGAUUCGAUUUUUACCGAUACCGGAGGAGAGGCGCACGAGUUCGAAUCCUUCGUUGCCGGAGACUCCACCGAUGAUCCAUCAUUCGGGGAAAACGACCAGUUUCCGAAAGUUCCUGCAAUCGCUACCGCAACUCCUGUCUCGCCUGGCACAACCAGAGCUACUUCCACUUACUAUCCGCAGAUGCAGACGAAGCUAAGAACGUGCGAAAAGAAAACGGACCUCUACAUUUUACAGCCUGAAAGGCUCAACACCAGUGGACAAAGCAAUCCGUUGAAGGGAAAAUUAACCAACUGUCAUAUCACCGGUUGCGAGAGGCCGUUCAGCGUACAAAAGAUCCGUCAUACGAAUUUAAUUUUACUGGUAGUCGACACAUUGUGUCCAUGCGGAAGUAAACAACUGAGUAUCGAACCAAUAGAGGCUCUCACAGAGCCCGGAGCUUGCACCGCGAGAAGAGAACGUCUGUAUCGUCGAAGGCCACCGAAAUGUAUUAAUUACCAUCCAGAAGAAAUGGAGAUCAAGUUUUGCGGUGACGCGAGUCGCCCUACGUACUUCGUCUUCACGUUAUUUAUCGCGAUUUUUAUCAAUAUUUUUGCAAGACCGCUCGCGUGACUUUGUUCAAACUAAUUACAUACUGACACACACACAGACACACACACACACCCAUUAACUUUUUGAAAUGAAUUUAGCGUUGUCGUUUCUAUGAAACAGUUAUAUAAAAAUGGUAUACUAGUUGAUCGGUUUAAUACUUGUAUUUGACGGAUACGUGCAUAUGAGUGAGCGAACGAGUGCAUGCGUGUGCGCGCGUGCGGCUGUUCGUGCAGGAAAAGAAAUAUAAAUAAUAUGGUUAAGGUAUAUGUGUACGUAUACGUGUACAAACAUCAUUUAUUUAACGUGUGUGCGCGUGUAUACACAUAUACUUUAUGCACGUGCAAUGUUGAUGCGCCUGCACGCGUCUUCUAUGUGCACACGUGCGCAUGCACGCGAUAAUGUACAUAUACAAAUACACGAUAUUAAUGUUAAUCGAGGAUCUACGAUUCCAUAUAUACUAUUGUAAAUUUCUGUUGUGGGAAACUUGUGAAUAUUUCCUGAUCGUACUACGUCGAAUCUAAUUCUCCUAACGCCUAACACGAAUCGAUCAAAUCGUUCGUAAUUCGCGAUACGCUUAAACAGACUAGGAACGACGAUAACACGAGCGAACGGGCAGUAAUAUUGUACUUUAAAGUCUGACUUACU